GGAGCUCUUAAUUCAUACUUCAAACGCUGCUACUGUACUGAAGCCGCAGUGUUGCCCCUCAGUUGGAACUACAAGUACCAGACUCUGAGAGCAGAAGUAGCGCGACUUCACAGUACAUGUGUUAGCGGGUCCAUGGAGAAGAUGUCUCAUGUUGUGAAGAAGAGAAAAUUAGACAAAAGCCGUCAGGAGAGACUGUAUUUCGACAGCUACACCGAUGUGACGAUCCACGAGGACAUGAUCGCGGACUACGUCCGCACCAACACGUACCGCACGGCGAUCAUGCGGAACAGCGAGCUGAUCCGGGGCAAAGUCGUGCUGGACGUCGGCGCAGGAACCGGCGUUUUGAGCAUCUUCUGUGCACAGGCCGGCGCCAAGAAAGUGUACGCCGUCGAGGCCUGCUCCAUCGCCGAGGAGGCGGUGAGGAUCGUCCGACACAACAACCUGCAGGACCGCGUGGAGGUGAUCCGCGGCACCGUGGAGACGGUGGACCUGCCGGAGCCGGUGGAGGUGAUCGUGAGCGAGUGGAUGGGCUACGCGCUCCUGCACGAGUCCAUGCUCAACUCGGUGGUGUACGCGCGCGACAAGUGGCUGAAGCCGGGCGGCCUCAUCCUGCCGAGCAAAGCCGAGCUCUACAUCGCGCCGGUGUGCGACCCGGUGGUGGAGGACCGCCUGCACUUCUGGUACACCGUCAAGGAGCAGUACGGCGUCGACAUGUCCUGCAUGUCCGACUUCGCCCGCAGAUGCAUCAUGAACUCGGACAUCACGGUGAACUUCGUGUCGAUCGAGGACGUGCUCUCGCACCCGGCCCGCUUCGCCGAGCUCGACCUGUACACGGUGACCGCCGAGGAGCUGCGCUCGGUGAAGGGCCAGUUCCGCUGCGAGUCGUUCGGCUCGUCGGCGGCGAGCGGCCUGUGCGUCUACUUCACGGUGACCUUCUCGUGCCCGGACAAGCCGCUCGUGCUCUCCACGUCGCCGUUCAAGGCGGAGACGCACUGGAAGCAGGCGGUGCUGUACUUCGACGCCCCGGUGAGGGUGGUGCAGGACACGGCGGUGGCGGGGGAGGUGUCCAUGUACCCGUCGGAGGACAGCGCCCGGCACGUCUGCAUCCGCGUGGACUACACCAUAGGCGAGCAGAAGGGACAGACCAAGACUUUCUCCAUCCCCGACUGGAGCGGCGAGGCGCAGUCGUAACGCGUCACGCCGCAGUGACGGUCGACCAGUGUUGCUGUCAUGUGUUAAACUGUUCGAACUCACCAGGUCUCAGUCAGAUGUAUGAAGGGACUGUAGCCCAGAGUGUAUUUUCCGUUAGUCGACCCACAAACACAUGCAAGCAGCCACUGUGAACUGCAGCAUAUGUUUUAAUUCUGCCCAAUAAAUCAUUUGACACCUAAACCAAGGAAACAUUCUUGACACCUGUUCUAUGCAUUUUGUACUAACCUCGCCCAGAGAGAUGUGCUGGAGCUGAACGUGUCAGCCCAUUGUCAUGUGAGCAACCCCAGCGGUCGCAUUGGGGCGAAGAAGGCGUUUUUUGUAUUAGUGUCACAGUGGAAACAUCAUUUGAAAACCGUAUUAAAGUGUCACAUUUCAGAAUAAAAACCCGCCAUGAACGUCAGAUGAGUGCAAUGGGCGUAGGUGGGUGCAGAGCGCCGGGCAGGUUUACCUACAAAAGCCGUUGAAUAAAUUCCACGCCACGCUGCAGACAUCUGACAUUCUGAUAAAUUCAUUCAUGCAUGCAUACCGUGUGGAAUCUGAUCAAAACGCUGCAUUCAGAUGAGGAUUAGAACAAUAUAUUGACUUGGACCAGCUGCAGUCAGGCAGCAGGACGCGUCGCACGGGAGGUGCUCGACUUUGGCUGCUGUUCACUUUCCUUUUUUAAUUGGGAACCAAAUUGGCUCAUUGUUUUGGUUCAGAACUAGUAGCCACGCUCAUCUGCUGACAGAAACCACUGACUAAAUAAAAACAUACAGUUCCUGCCCUGCUCUGUCCCAUUUUAAUGGGUAGCAACGAUCAAUGGGUUUUUUCUUCUUUUUUAAAAUAAAAGUUCACAUUUUUUAUUGGCCACAGUUAAUAAUUAUUUACUGUUAAUUUAUUGGCCAACUUCAUACCUCAGAGUCAAUGCACAGUCAGUGGGUUAGCGUGUCUUUGUUGCAGUAUAUUUGUUUUUCUACAGAAAGUGACACCUGCGUGUGUGAAAGAAAUCGUUUGUUUGCCAACUGUGUUCAUCACUGAGCAAAUGGGAACUUGACUAAUAAAUAGUUUGAUUGUU